AUGGAAAGGAGAAGUCGAAAAGGUGUUUACCUCCUUGCCGUCGUCAAUGAGGAUGGGGUGAUUGCGAAGGAUAACAGAGGAAUUGGAGGCAAAGGCUUUGUACUCGGUAUUGGGAAUGACUUGUUCUGCUUGCACCGGUUCUUGGUAUUGGAGAUGAUGUGUAGUGAGGGCAAUCCUGGACCUUCUGGCAUUGGGAGUGCUUUCAGAGAUGAGGAAGGCACUAUUACGGCUAUAUUUUCUGGCCCCAUCGGUGUUGAUGACUCUUUGAGAGCUGAAGUCCUUGCUGUGAUGGAAGGAAUUCAGAAAGCCAAGGAGUUAAAUAAUUCCAAGUUAAUAAUCGAAGGGGAUUCAAAGCUUGCUAUUUGUUGGCUCCAAAAGGAGGAGGAGAUGGAACGUAUUGCAGGGAAGGCAAACUUGGAGAAAUCAGACUUAGAACCAGCUUUGAAAGCUCUCAAGGACAGGCUCAUGACCAAGAACGUGGCUGAGGAAAUAGCUGAGAAGCUUUGUGAAUCAGUAGCAAUGAGCCUUGAAGGUAAAAAGCAGGUUUCGUUUACAAGGAUAUCUUCAACUGUUCAGACAGCAAUGGAAGAGGCUUUGGUUCGUAUUUUGACUCCUAGACGCUCCAUUGACAUAUUGAGGGAUGUUCAUGCUGCCAAAGAGCACGGAAAACCAUAUGUUGUCGUCUUUAUUGGUGUCAAUGGAGUUGGAAAAUCCACCAAUCUUGCAAAGGUUGCAUACUGGCUUUUGCAGCAUAAGAUCAACGUUAUGAUAGCAGCUGAUACAUUCCGUUCUGGAGCUGUUGAGCAGCUUCGGACUCAUGCCCGUCGGCUUCAGAUUCCUAUAUUUGAGAAGGGCUAUGAGAAAGAUCCUGCUAUUGUAGCUAAGGAAGCUAUCCUGGAGGCUACCCGCAAUGGUUCAGAUGUGGUUCUUGUUGAUACAGAUGGUCGUAUGCAGGAUAAUGAACCAUUGAUGAGAGCACUGUCCAAGCUCAUCUACCUCAAUAAUCCAGAUUUGGUCUUGUUUGUUGGAGAAGCAUUGGUUGGGAAUGAUGCUGUUGAUCAACUAUCAAAAUUUAAUCAGAAACUGGCAGACCUUUCCACAUCGCCAAAUGCUAGGUUAAUUGAUGGAAUCCUGCUCACGAAGUUUGACACCCUUGAUGAUAAGGUUGGAGCUGCACUUUCCAUGGUUUACAUCUCUGGGGCACCGGUGAUGUUUGUCGGCUGUGGUCAGUCCUACACAGACCUCAAGAAGCUUAAUGUCAAAUCCAUUGUGAAGACCCUCCUCAAAUAAGAACUUGGUCUCGUGCUCUAUCUGUUCUCUUAAAGCCGUGCACUGCUAUUUUUGUGAACUUUCACUCUUGCUUAAUUGUGUUUAUUCCCCAAUGACCUCAUUCUCUUGACAUUGGAGGUGAAUUUUCCAUUUAUAGUUGUAAAUCGUUAAAUUGAAGUUAAUUGAUUGAUUUGUUUUAACA